UAUUCGAAAAGUUAGUGCUUCAAUUCCGCGUUUACGAUAGUCAUUUCACAAAUUUAUUUAUCAAACCAAACGAUGAGUAAUAUUGUAUAGUGCAGUGAAAUGAAGUUAAACAUCGCCCACUUCAGGCUUGCGCUGCACGCGGUCACACGUUGACAUUCGCGCUGCGGGAGUCUGCAGCGUCUUAUACUUUUCACGAAAAUAACACAUUGACUCCAAUUAGUUGACUUUGUCAAUUAGUGAGGUGAAACGCAACGCGGGUGCGCGUACGACUUUAACUCUAUACAUCACAAGCAACCAAUCAGUUGCAUUGAAGUUUUGGGUGUGGAUUGUUCAGCGAAAUAUUCGCAAACCACAAAAAUUAUAAAACUGCAUAUUUUUGUCAUUAAUUCAACAACGCAAUGGAUUUUAUGGAUACUUUACGUAUGGUACUCAAUGAAGUCUACGACUUUAUUAACAAAGAUGUCCUGAGAACUGUCACAAAUGAUGAUUUAAAAACAAAAGCGUUGAAUCUUGCGGCGAACGUGCGCAAUGUCAGCAAUCGCGCGAAACUUAUGCAGAUAACAGACGCGAAUAACUACACAGAUAUGAGCAAGAAAUCCAUGAUGCUGGACGAAUAUGUCGGGCCAGACGCUAAACAACAUCGACAUUCACAGGAAGUUUUCUAUUCUACUACUGAUGAUGUUCAGGAUGAAGACGAAAUGAAUGAAUGUCCUUAUAAAAAUGCGCUAGUGAGUGAGUUAAAUCCAGUCAAGUCCGGUUUGCUCCACCGCAAAGAAUCGAUGAUAUUCGCGAUCUUCAAAGGAAAUCGUGAGUACUUCGUCGUUUUGCUCGACGAGUGGCUUCUCUUCUACAAUUCUAAUAAGAAAACUCAAGCUCUGGAGACCUACCCAUUAAAGAGUUGCACAGCGAUGGAGUUGGGCGAAACCGGCAAUUCUUUUGUGCUAUACGUUGCUGAAAAAACACUCACUAUGAUGGCUAAAACGAGAAAAGAAAAAUUGCAGUGGAUAUCUGCAAUUAGUGACAUUGACAACUACAAAAAGUCUUUGGGACUAGAAGCACACCAUUUGACUGUCGAUAAAGCCAAACAUAUUUCGCUUGAGAGUAAUACCAGCAAUGAAUAUGCAGAUAUUGAUCAGAACCGAAAGGAUCAAUCACCGAUGGGAGGAAUACCCUUGCCGGAACCGCCAAGUAUGACCAACACUCUACGAAUUCCACGCACACCUCCACGGGUACCAACAAGGUCAACUCAUAUGGAACGUACUCCAGUUGCUUCUACUAUAAUUACUCCUUGUGAAGACGAUGACGGCGAUGAAUAUCAAUUCGUGAAUGUACAAUCAAAAAACAACAAUGAAUACAUCAACGGGUAUCCUCAACCUCCGUCACCAAGAACACCUCAACAACUUCAUCAAUUACCAGCAACACAGUUAUCACCACAAGAUGAUUCUGACGAUUAUCAGUUUGUGGGGCAAAUAACACAAACACAAUCAAAGUCUGAACAAUUUGGCACACCUCCAGAAGCUGUUUAUAACUAUGCAUCAAAUGGAUAUCCAACUGAAGAUCUUUAUGAGAGUAUACCAGAAAAUGCAGAGGAAGCAGGACCAUCACCAUCUACAUUAUCACGCCGAGAAAAUGAUGUGGUACCACCGCCACCAAAACAUACGAGUAAUUUUAUGAGUGAAUUAAGACUCAAACAAAAAUUGAAGAAGCAGCACCCGAAAUAACUCUAUUCUACUCCUAUAUGAUUAAGUUAUUGUAUAUUAUAAUAGUAUUAAUUUUUUUUACGAUUUCCUGAACGCUUUUUUGGUCAAAAAUUGACUUUGAAUACAAGAAACAGUUGAAUAUAUCUUGAAGGUAUACCUCUA